GGCAAGCCGGGCCUCUGCCUUACCACUUCUGUCCCUUCCGCGCUGGCCUCAAGAUGGCCGCCUCGUGGCGUCUCUGGUGCUGUUGAAUGGAGAAAUCUUUAUUGUUCCCUUCGGGCAGGAGUGUUCGUGUUCUCUAUGGCGCUGUCAAUAAAGAACGGCAGUUUGAAUCGGUGCUGAACAGGGAGGCAGUGGAGUCUUCAGCACCUCAGAGCCAGAUUGCCUGAGUUUGGACCCUAACUCUGCCACACACAGGCUGUGUAACCCUGGGAUCCAGCGCUGGUCCUCGGAGUGGGUUCUGGACCUGGAGAGGAACAGCAGCCCCAGGGCAGAGCUGGCGCCAUGGAGCUCCCCAACUACAGCCGGCAGCUGCUGCAGCAGCUCUACACGCUGUGCAAGGAGCAGCAGUUCUGCGACUGCACCAUUUCCAUCGGCACCAUUUACUUCAGGGCCCACAAACUCGUCCUGGCCGCCGCCAGCCUCCUGUUCAAGACCCUGCUGGACAACACCGACACCAUCUCCAUCGACGCGUCCGUGGUAAGCCCCGAGGAGUUCGCCCUGCUGUUGGAGAUGGUGUACACCGGCAGGCUGCCCGUGGGCAAGCACAACUUCUCCAAGAUCAUCUCCUUGGCCGACAGCCUGCAGAUGUUUGACGUGGCCGUCAGUUGUAAGACCCUCCUGACCAGCCUCGUGAACUGCUCCGUGCAGGGCCAGGUGGUGAGGGACGUCUCCGCGCCACCCUCCGAGUCACUCAGGGAGGGGUUGGAGAAGCCGGAGGUGGAAAUCCUUUCCUCGCAGGGGGCGGGGGAGCUUCACUCUCCCCCAGAGGGCUCUGCGCCUGUGAAGGCCGGGACCCAGGAAGCCGUCCACCUGGAGGCACCAGAGAUGAGCGUGGAUCCUCCCCCUGCCCAGGAGGUGCAGGGCGGUGCAGACGCCCCAGGGGAGCCUCCUCACACCGCUGCGGUUUGUUCUCCCUCCCCGCUCGCACGAGCCUCUGGGGAGGCGAAGGCGGCCGGCGCAGAGCCAGAGGAAGAGAGGAAAUACCAGCUGAAUUUUCUUCUAGAAAAUGAAAGCGUCUUCUCAGAGGCACUCUCGGGUACCCAGGAUGUUUUAACAAAACUAGAGGAGUGUUCAGAAAUUCAAGGCGUACAGAAGGAGACCAUCAUGGGAUGUCUGACGGGCAAAGAAGGACAUUCAGCGUUCCGGAGAAUCCUGGACAAAGUAAGAGAUGAGAGCCUGGAUGUUCGGGCCGUCGUGUCCCUUUUGCAGCUGUGCCAAGACUCUAACCCUGCGGUCAAGGCAGCGCUGUUGGGCAGAAAGCCGGAAGAUGUGGCAGUGGUGCAGCCAAAAGCUCUUCCUGCCCCGGGGAGCGCGGAGGAGGGAAGGACCUUGUCCGCCCUGCUGCUGGAGCACAAGGCGGACCUGAUCCGGUGCGUGACGCAGCUGAGGCCCAUCCUGGAGUUCCUGGAAACGGCCAAGGAGGGGUUCCUGCCCGGCACCGAGAAGAGGGUGAUUCUGAAUUGCUGCGAGGGCGGAACACCCAAGGAGACAAUAGAAAAUUUGUUGAACAGAAUGUCUAAGGAGAGGACCCUGACUGCUGAGAGUUUGGUAAAACUCCUCCAGGCUGUGAAGAUGAUGUUCCCGAACUUGGCCCUUCUGCUGGAGAAUUUGCAGAAAGUAGCUGCUUUGCCGAGCACCGCAGUCCAGGCGAGCCCCGACGACUACGGGGCUGAGCUGCUGAGGCGGUACCACGAAAACCUCUCUGAGAUUUUCACAGACAACCAGGCGUUACUAAAAACGAUCCCACUCGUGAAGAGUUUAGCCCCCGGAGAAAGAGAGGUCAUGGAGACGCUUGUGAAACGUGACUCCGGUUCGGGUGGUUUCACCUCUCUGAUGUCAGCGGUUCUAGAAAAGCAGACCCUCUCCGCAACAGCCGUCUGGCAGCUGCUGCUGCUGGUGCAGGAGACAAAGACCUGCCCACCGAACCGGCUCAUGGAGGAAAUACGAAGGGAGCCUGGUGCCGAGGCUUUCUUCCGGGCAGUGGCCACCCCGGAGAGCACUGCCUUCGAAACCCUCCUGAGGCAUCACAGACUGAUCCUGGAGGCCAUCCGGCACAGGCAGGAAGACCAGGGCCUCACCUCUGAGGAAGAGCGCCUGGCGGAGGCUGUGAAGGAGGUUCUGAGCAUUUCCUCUGAGACAGCCGGCCCUGAAGCGUCCCCAAGAGCAGCGCUGGGCAGAGCCAUGGAGAAGUCCGCCUCAGCCGCAGAAAUAUGUCAGCUCCUCUGCAGCAUCCACAGGUCUUUCCCGGGCCUGCAGCCCGUCAUGCAGGAGCUGGCACGCACUGGUUUCCUUACUCGGGAGGAUGGAGAGGAGGAAAGGUGGAAGGUGAGUGGUAAGUUUCACCUGGAAGCCAGCGACAAAGCAGGUGAGCAGGCAGCCGAGCCAGGCAAAGAAGACUGCCCGUCUGGGAAACAGAGCGACCAAGGAGAGACUGGCUCCUUGGCGGAACAGCAGGAGAAAGACACUUCUUCCUCCCCAGACUCGGCCAAGAAGAGCUUCGUCUGCAAGGCCUGUGACAAAAGCUUCCACUUCUACUGCCGCCUGAAGGUGCACGUGAAGCGCUGCCGGGCGGCCAAGAGCAAACAGGUGCAGUGCAAGGAGUGCAGCGAGACCAAGGACUCCAAGCGAGAGCUGGAGAAGCACCAGCUGGAGGCUCACGGUGCGGGCGCAGAGCCCGAUGUCCCCAAGAAGAAGAAGAAGAGGCUUCCGGUGACGUGCGACCUCUGCGGGAGAGAGUUUGCUCAUGCCUCAGGCAUGCAGUACCACAAGCUGACCGAGCACUUCGACGAGAAGCCCUUCUCCUGUGAAGAGUGUGGGGCGAAGUUUGCAGCCAACUCCACGCUAAAGAACCACCUGCGCCUUCACACGGGGGACCGCCCGUUCAUGUGCAAGCACUGCCUCAUGACCUUCACCCAGGCCUCGGCCCUGGCCUACCACACCAAGAAGAAGCACUCGGAAGGAAAAAUGUACGCGUGUCAGUACUGUGACGCUGUGUUUGCCCAGUCCAUCGAACUGUCCCGCCACGUGCGGACCCACACCGGGGACAAGCCGUACGUCUGCAGGGACUGCGGCAAGGGCUUCCGACAAGCCAACGGCCUCUCCAUCCACCUGCACACCUUUCACAACAUAGAAGACCCCUACGACUGCAAGAAGUGCAGGAUGAGCUUCCCCACGCUGCAGGACCACCGCAAGCACAUCCAUGAGGUGCACUCCAAGGAGUACCACCCCUGCCCCACGUGCGGGAAGAUCUUCAGCGCCCCCUCCAUGCUGGAGCGCCACGUGGUGACCCACGUCGGAGGGAAGCCCUUCAGCUGCGGGAUCUGCAACAAGGCAUACCAGCAAUUGUCCGGUUUGUGGUACCACAAUCGGACCCACCACCCUGAUGUGUUUGCCGCUCAGAACCAUCGAUCUUCCAAGUUCUCGUCACUCCAGUGCAGCUCGUGUGACAAAACCUUCCCCAACACCAUUGAACACAAGAAGCACAUCAAAACGGAACACGCAGACAUGAAGUUCCAUGAGUGCGACCAGUGCAAGGAGCUCUUCCCCACGCCAGCUUUGCUGCAAGUUCACAUCAAGUGCCAGCAUUCAGGGUCGCAGCCAUUCAGGUGCUUGUACUGUGCAGCCACUUUCCGCUUCCCCGGGGCCCUGCAGCACCAUGUCACCACGGAGCACUUCAAGCAGUCGGAGAGCACCUUCCCCUGCGAGCUCUGUGGGGAGCUCUUCACCUCCCAGGCCCAGCUGGAGGGCCACUUGGAGUCCGAACACCCGAAGGUGAUGGGGCCCGAAACCCAAGCAGCAACCUCGCAGGUGGUGCAGGUGAUCCAAACCCCAGAGCCACCGGUGGCUGCAGCCGAGCAGGUGAUCACUUUGGAGGAGACCCAGCUUGCUGGCUCACAGGUGUUCGUGGCGCUGCCAGAUUCGCAGACCUCUCAGGCCAGCUCGGAGCUCGUGGCGGUGACCGUGGAGGAUCUGCUGGACGGCACUGUGACCCUGAUCUGCGGGGAGGCCAAGUGAGUGGCUGCUGAUCCAGUGACAUUCCCGCCUUCGCAGCAGAGAGAAGGCUCCACAGCCUGCCCGUUGCCCUCUGCCCCUGGCUGCCCCGAAUGGCGAGCAUCUUAGCCUGCCACCAACCAGACUAGUCUCACUUGGAAAACAGAUGGAAGACGUGUGCGUGUCCUCAUAGAACCCCCAAUGUCUGAGACGUCGGCGCGGACACGGCCGCCGUCCGCAGCAGGCAGGCCAACCUCCCCACAGGCCUCCGUGACACUUCAUCCCCAGGUGGAGGACAGCUUCUGAAACAGAGUCUGGGAGAGCUGUGGGUCACCCAAGAGGUGCGGUGUGCCGGCAGCCCUCUGUGCAGAACCGGAGAUGUGGGCCCGGGGCCGUGGCCCACACAGUGGGGCUGCAUGUCAGUGCCUCCGGCCACUUCUAGUCUGGGGUAAAGCACCCCCAGACCAUCUGGGGACCAUCCCCCGCGCAGCCUGGAGCACACACGGCCCUUUCCUCACUUCCCCCACCCUCCCAGCCACUUGGGCUGCCCAGCCUCGUCGUGGUGGUAAUGGGACAGGUAGCAGCAUGUCACCGCCGGAUGCCUGUUUACCUGGGGAGUCCCACCUGGUCAGCACAGUCAGCCCUUCCAGAAACGAGGCCUUUGGAGCGUCCUGCUGGGCAGGUCCGCUCUGAGGCCGUCCGGGAUGUUCUGAACGGUGUUCUGCACCUGAAGGCCGGCUCCUGUGGCCUUUCCACAUUGUCCUCAUCUGCUUCCCCCCAACCCCUGCAACCCCUGCCCGACCUGGAGGCCUGCCCCUCCUGCUGGCACAUGUUAUGGGGCUGAGGAGCCAGUGCCAGGUGGAGCGGUGCCCCCUGACCGCCCGGCUCUGCCUCCUGCCACUGCCUCCCGUGCUGUGCGAGGGGCCCGCUGUCCGCGCUCUCCCAGGCCGCCACUGCCGCCGCAGGUCAGUGACCCUUGGGAGUCUGAAUUUCACAAAGCCCUUCUAUCUUCCGUUCCUAACACAUAAUCUGAUAAUUAAUGGUUUGUGGAAUCCAUUAUGAAGUGCAAUUAGAUGGAUGUAGGUUCCCGCUGUUCAGAGGGAACGACUAGCAUUUAUCUUCCUCUCCUCCACACCAGAAGGUGGGGGUCUGCUCGUGCAGCGUGCAUGCGCAGGCAGGGCGCCUGGCCGCAGCGUGGGGCCUGCCGCCUGCGGAGGGUGGUGCCCACUUUGACACUGGCCUCUCGCUGCAGCUGGCCGAAGUCUAGCCCAGCCCUCCUUCCCAAGCACAUUUCACGUCACCCGGGACAAGCAGGGGUAAAAGGUCGACUUUGGGUCACGGCGGGGACUGUUCCUGGCACCGCCGGAAAGGCAGAAGGCAGAUCCUUGCCACCGCCCGUGUGUUCUUGGCUGCCCAGCGGGCUGUGUGCAGGCAGCGGGCCAGCCUGGGCCGCUCGCCCUCGAGGCUCCUGCCUCCGGAGUGCCCUCGUUUUGAUGCGUGAAUCGCUUGAGCGUGUCAGCCCAGGGAUCUUUAUUUUUGAAGUAAAUGAAGUUUUCAAAGGCAAGCCAGCCUCAAAAGCCAAAUACUGACCAGAAGAUGGUGCUCAAACCUUUAAGACUUCACCUCCGCGGGAAGCCCUCACUGCUCCUGCCAAGUCCUCUCUCGCUCCUUGAGGUUCAGUCCCGGGAGCUCUCAGACCAGGAGAGCUCUUGAUGUGCAGGUGGCGCCUGGCACCGACUCUCCCCUCGACCGACCGCAGACAAAGCCCACCGCGGGGGAGCAGGCCGGCCUGUGCCUCCGCGGGUGAGAAGGCAGCUCGCUCCGCAGAGGCUGGGGACUGCAGCGCCAUCACAACGUCUUCCAGCCGCAGCACAGAUACAUAAAAAAGUAAUUGCUGAGGGCUGUAAGAGAAAGUGACGUUUCUUUUUAAAAAGUCUUUGGAAUAAAGGAAGCUAUGUGAUAUAAGCCAGGGUCCAGAUCCUCAGACACACUGAGAAACGCUUUCCCAGUGUGUGACGGGUCCAGCCUGUGACAGGACACGCGCUUUCUUCCGAAUCCCCGGAGCAGCGGGUCACCGCCCUGGGCGCGGGCGCAGAAGCCGGGCUGCUGCUGGUGGACUCCCCCCGCCACGGCACAGGCGGCAGGAGGCACAAACCCCGCGCUCCGUCGGGUCGGAGAGAGAGGAAAGGCCAUCCCGAAUUUAGUCUUUGCUCAGAGUAGACCUUUGCCAGACUCUGCAUUGGCAGUGAUUUUCCAGUGCCACUCCCUGGAGACACCCAAGUGUGGAUCUCACUGUAGAAAGACUUUUUCUAGCUCUACUUAGCCAUCUUACUCGUUUCCCCCACUUCUGCCCGGGAGACCUUCCGAACCGCUGCCACAGAGGGCGAUGUUACCGUGCGCUCAGCCCAUACCACCUACUUACUUUGUAGCAGUGGCGUUCGCCUUGCCUCGUCGCCGUGGGUGCCGUCCUGCGGGCUCCCCGCUGAACUGGGGGCCUCUGAGGAGGUGUGGGGGAGCGUGUGGGGGAGUGUGUGGCCCCCGGCGCUCAUGGAACAGCUGGUGAGGAGGGAAAGGCAGGCAGAUUCCCAGCCGGGGUCUAGUUCGGUGGGGAUGGUGGGGACACUCACGGAGUGGGGCUUACCUAGGCCAGCGGGACAGCACACAGGUGACCCAAGAGCAAGUCUGUGAGCAGAACCUGGGGCCACAGGGGCAGCAAAGAGGCAGUGACAGAGGUGCUGACUUGCUAAUCUCAGAAAGCCCACCUUCUCUGUCUUGGAAGCUUUGUGUUUGGAGAAGCUGAGGCCAGGGCCUACCCUGUGUGAAGCCUGGGUUCCCGGUGAUCCCAGUCCCCUCUGAGCAAGUGUCCUGAUGCCCCCUCCUACUGGCCACGGAGCACACCUCAGCCUCCUCCUGGGGACGAGCUCCGACAGGCCUGCCCAGCAGGGUGAGUGGGGCACAAGGGCCUUGCUCUCUGCCCCUGGGCCAAUCAGGAACGCUCCCGGGACAGAGGAGAAGAGAUGGGCCUGGAGAGCUGCUCUCUCGCGCCGGGUAACGGCCUGGUCGGCGCGGGCCGGUGGAGUGUUAACACGAUGGGAGGGACGUGCCUUGGAAUCGAGUGUGUGCCUGAGGCCGGUGCACUGACCGGGGGCGGGAGGAACUGCUCUGCCGACACUGCAGCGUCUCUGCUCAGCCGGGGCUGGGAAAGCGGGUGGCGAUGGAGGAGGUGCUGGCACGUUGUCACCGGUCCUCCCGAAGAAAAUGCAGCAGCCUGGCCCUGUUCUCCCGGCCCGGUGCGUCCCAGGGACCCCUGGGAGAUGGGGAGGAAGCAGAAGGAAAAGGAGUGAGAAGGCGAGCUGAUCGCCGUCACGUCGCCGUGGAAAACUGGGGCUGGCGGGACUCCGGCCGAGAGCGCGGCGGCGCAGCCGGAACUCAGACGCUCGCCGCACCUGCGCGCCGGCCUGUGCGGGAGAGCAGCUGCUGUGCUUGGGGAUUACGCUCUCGAGAAAAAGUGUCCCUGGGCUCGUUUAAUUUAGACCGCUUCCAAGUCAUCACAGCAGUGUCAUCACAGCAUCAUCUCCCUUCCCAGGGCCAGCCCCGCCCGCUGCCACCCGCGGUCAGGACAACUGCCCUGCACAGGGCGCUGGGUACAUUGGGUUACACGCCCUUCGUUGUGCUCACCUUGCACUGUUCCGUGUAAAUAAAAUGUGUACUUUGAA